GUUGCACAUUGAGAGAAGUGUAACUGCAGCCUACCAUCCACAAACAAAUGGACUGGAUGAAAAAACAAACGACAAUAUAAAACGAGCUCUGAAGAAACUGGUUAACAACCAGCAGAAUGACUGGGACAUCUAUCUGGAUGCAACAUUAUUUUCUUUAAGGUCAAAGGUCCAUACAACCACUAAACAUUCACCAUUUCUGCUUAUGUACGGAAGAGAGGCAGUGUUUCCUUCACAGGUUCCCAUUGAAUUGCCACUUUCCACAAUCAUCCUCCCUGAUGAAGCAAGUUACGUGAUGAUGCUUUGGGCUGCAAAGGACACUGGGAGAGUUGAAGCAGUUGUUGGCCCAUACAAACUGUAUGAUCAUUCUUUUCGCACCCUGCAGGGGAAUGAGUGGCUUUCGGAUGAAGUUAUUGAUGCAUAUGUGCACUACAUUUUGGAGAAACAACAGAAACCAAUACACCAGAUGUGUGCAGUUGUGGCAACAUCUUUGUUUACUGGCAAAUUCCGAACUCUCAUGAAGAUGAAAUUUCCUGUGGUGGAGAAGUGGGCAUGCCCCGUGAAUGUUGGAGCCCAUUGGAUACUUUUGGUUGUCGACAUUCCCCUCAAAAAAAUCAUUCUGAUAGACCCAUUUGGAAAUGAAGCCUCCUAUGAGAGGAGAAUUUUGCGCAACUGGAGGAAUUUUAUGAAACAGAGAGGGGAUGAUGAGAACAGAGCAACAUGGACAGUAGCAACCCUGCAACACAACAAGCAGAGAGAUGGUAGCAGUUGCGGCGUUUUAAUUUUGAAGUUUGCUGAACAUCUCCUUUCAGAGGGAGACAUCAGUCGAGUUCAGACGACUUCAGAUUUCGUGACAAAUGCCCGAUUGGAAAUAGCCUGUUCCCUCCUGGAAUAUCAGGGCAAGGCAUUGGACUACUGUGUCAUUUGCUCCAUGAUGGAAGGCGAUGCUGACAAAACCCUAAUUGAAAUGGUCCAAUGCGACCACUGCAACAGAUGGGCACAUUUUCAAUGUGCAAAUUUUGAUCCAAAGAAUCAGUUUGCUUUCAUUUGUACAAAGUGUUUGUGAAAGUUUUUUUUUUCUUUUUGGCUUCAAAUACAUAUUAAAGUACCAGUA